UUUGAAGGCCACCUUUGUUUUGGCGCGAACGUCUGAAAUGGAACAAUGCAAGGUAGAACGUAGUCUCCAUUUGGCACGUCGUCAGCAGUGUGCGUGUUUAAUUCAGGAAAUUGGGUCAAGGUUGCAAACAACACAGGUGGUCAUAAAUGCAGGCAUAUAUUACAUGCACUACUUCUACGAAGUUUUCUCUCCAGAAACUAUCAAACCGAUUUUAGUCGCAAUAGCUGCCUUUUAUUGUGCAUGCAAAACAGAGGAAUUUUCUAGGAAACUAUCUUUCUUGAUCAAGGCUGCGUAUGAUAUUUUGAAGAGACCGGCACCUGAUGAGGGGUCAGAUGCAUUCAAGAGACUCGUUCAGAAUGUUCAUGCUUUAGAGGCUACUAUUCUUAUGGUCAUUGGGUUUCAUACUCUUGAAGUCAAACAACCACAUGUGCUACUCAUUAAGGCGAUUCGCGCAAAUAAAUUCCCGAAGGAAAUAGCUCAUACGAGCUACUAUGUCUGUACUAAUAUACUGCAUCUCACCACUUUAGUAUUACGACAUUCUGCAGAAGCGAUUGCUGCUGCUAGUCUUUACAUUGCGGCUAAGUGGAAUGGAACAGACAUCCAGUCGUCAAACGGGGAUUGGUUCCAUAUUUUUUCCCCGAUGCUAACUUUUGAGGAAAUCUCUAAAAUAACAGACGAAUUCACCCUUACUUUCCAAGAAUGCGACUUGAAAAUCAGAGAGCAGCUGCGCUGUUCGCUUCGAUCCCGAAAGUUACAAAGAGAACGAAGAGAUGAUCCUGUCAAUAAUCCUCCUCGAACUCAAGAGCUUCAGAGGAGACCAGUUCCUGAUUCUCAGCAAAAAGCUGAUUCUUGGAAAUAAUCUAAUUUAUCCAGUCAUUUUUGAAGCUCCUGUUUACGGAAAAUGGUAUCAUAGUAUUGCAUUCAGAUUGGGUGACCAGUGGUUUUUGUUUGUUGCAACCCAAGCGUAUCUAUCUUCGGAUUGUAUCAUCAAAAAGAUAAGUUAUCAAGGUGACUAUUUUCCAACUGGAAACCCGUUUACAGAGAAAAGACCUUACGGUUCGACAAAUCCUAGUGCAGCUCAAGUCCCAUCUCAACAUCCAAAUCAUCAUGCUCGAAGUCAUGCUGGUGGCUCCCAGAAUACACAGAUGAAUCAUCCGUAUCAUGGACAAAAUCGGGCCCCACAAUCACAUGUUUAUGGGAACGAACAUUUCAAUAGAUCUCAUUUCAACCGUCCUCCAGGUCCUGGGAAUAAUGAACCAGAUCCUAAGCGUCAGAGAUUUGAUCGCCCAUACCCAAAUCAGUGUCAACGAUCACCACAACCCCACUUGCCUGGUGGACAUCAUCCCGACGGAACAGCACGUGUAAGUCAUAUGUAUGUAUGUCAGUCGUGAUAAUUUGACUUCUAUCACUUUACUGGGAAGGUAAUGGAAUUUUAAAUAGUGUUUAAGUUUGAAGCUUUUGGUAUACUAUUUUGAUGAAUAUGAAGUAAUAACUUUGUAUGAUAACAAAAUUGUCAUUGGUUCGUUCCCUCUUGUAAUACGUUAUUUUUUGAUGUUUCCCAUGACCAUCCUUAUACUGUAUAUAUACUUUUGAGUUGUGUGUCUGUUCGAUCGUGCUUCCGACUGCUUGUAGAAUAUACUUUUCUCUCGACCGAAUCUGGUCUUCUCUCUAGUUACCAGGGCUGGGGCGCAGUGAAUAGUUUAGCUAGUUUCCUCGUUGUCUUGCUGAAUCUUCGUUUCGUUCGCCGAUUUCUGCUGAUUUCGUAAUCUCUUCAAAUAUAGCAAAGAAAAGUACCUCUUCGUUAUUUUCUCCAAUGCAUUCGUGGUUAAUGGUCUGCAAAGCAUUUUUGGGAUCCAAACGUCCACUGGAUAUUGUGACGUUAACUUGAAUACACAACUCAACACUUAGUAGUUAUGAAUAGUCAUUUAAGGCAUAUCCGAAUAUGUGUAUAAGUCAUUUCAAAGGAUUCUAUUAUUCCAUCUAGAAUUUUUGAUGAUCGGUACGUACAAUUACAAAACGCAAAUAGCGUGUAUUUCCACUUCAUCUUAUUAAGGUUCUGUUCAUAAACCGUAAAUUAUUUCAAUCUUGGUAAAACUAAGUAAUCUUUGAGGGUUCUGAUAUGCUGGUAACAUAGAAAACUUCAUAAAUUCUAUACUAAGCAGGAGCGGGAAUAUGAAAUGGAAUAUAUGAUAGUCAAAAGCUAUCUCUUUUAAGUGAAAAACCAGUGGUAAACAUCUUAUGGAAAUUAGAUAAUCUAAUUCAUUCUAUCAACUUAUUGAUACAUCAUGGAUGGGUGUUAGAAUAAAAAGCCAUACUUUUCUGUUGGUUUCUUUUUAGUCAACGGUAGACGUGUUUGUUUGGAUGUUUGGUUGCUCAUUUACUAAAAUAUUCUCAAUUUUUUCCAAAUAUGUAGUGGUGCAGUCUGAUUAAAUAAAUAAAGUUUUAUUUGCUGUGUUAUAAUCGGGUGCUAAAAAAAAACAAAUUUAUUAAAAAUUCUGGUGUUCAUUUUACAAAUUAUUUGUACUUACAUUUUCAUAUUACCAUUAUUCAGAGUAAGAAAUAACUACGAAAAAAAACAUGUAUAACAUAAGUGGCGAUCAUAUAAUCAACAUAUACUAUAGUUAUGGCUAUAACUAGUAGUCUAUAAACGUCUUAUUGCAUGAAGUAAUGUCUCGAUGUUUCUCUUACUCUUCAUAAAUUCAAUUCCAUUUAAAAUUUAUAAAAGAGCUUACUUCAAAUUUAUGAUAGUCAAGAUAAGAGUAAUGCUUAAACUAAUAGUGUAAUAAUGAUGGAUAGUGGCUAGCAGACUAAUCAAUUGCAGUCUUAAGUCUCAAUGGGAAGAUACAAGCCAAAAUGAUACCAAGUGAAUUUAAAUUCACCCCGUUGGACAAGCAAGUGGCUAUCAGGACUCAGUAGCUGAGUGGAUAACGUGAUGGCGUUUGAGGCGAAUGGUACUGGGUUCGAGUCCCAGAGUGAACAUCAACUCUAAGAUGCAGGUACAUCCAGCUGAUGAGUCCCAAAUAGGAUGAAACGCGCGUCCUGGAUUCCACUGCCAGUCGCUAUCCAUCAUUGCUUAAAAAAACUUGUGAAUUAAGGCAAUAUCGAGGCAUACACACAGUAUGCACAUAUGCCAAUAACAGACUGAUCAAUUGCAGUCUUAAAUCUCAAUGGGAAGAUACAAGCCAAAACAAUAAUAAGUGAAUGUAAUAGUGUAAUAUUCUACAAUGUUAUAUUAAAAUUUUACGAACUCAUUAUUUAUACGCAAUGUACAGUUUUUUUUUCAAAAGUAUUUUAAAGUAAAAAGAUUAAACCAAUAAAAUAUUUUUGUGUUCGGUAAUAAAUAACACAAAUUCUUGUUAUUACGGAAUAAUCUUUUUUUAUUGAUUUCAUGAGAUCUGGGGUCAACUUUUGAUAGUUUAAGUAACAAUUAAGUCAUUAUUUUUUCUCUAAACAUAUUCUUUCAAAGAAUAUGUCACUUUAUUUACAAUGUAAUCAAAUAGAGAAUAAGACGGUAGUAAUCAGCUUAUCAAUUAGAACCAAAAAUCUCUAUCUUUAUGACUUAAGUAUAUUCACAAUUAGAAUUGUAAUCAAAUGAAUUUAUAUGACAAACAUGAAAAAAGUUUUUUAUCUAGUGAAAAAGUAUAAUAAUAAAAGCAGGAAAUCUUAAACCUUGAGUUUAUAUGGAUUUGAAUUCGUUAGAACGUAUCUAUACUACUGAAGGAAGUGAGUAUUCAAAUUCGUGUUAACAACCGUCACUUUUUUAAAAAUUAAAGUUACUCAAGAAUAGCUAAAACCAAUCAGUAGUUAUUAUGUUUAAUUGGCACUAUGCAACGCAAGUGAUGUUAUCUGGGGAGUAUGUUUCAAGUUCGGAAUCAUGGAGUUAAAAGUCGACUUCUAAAUCAUACCUCCACUUUUUACUGCCCAUAUGUUUUGCAUUAAAUUUAUCAUAUUCGUGUAGAGAAUCCCAAUUUCGCGUCAUCUAUUAUACUUUUAAAAGCUGCAUAGUAUUUCCUCAUUAAUAAUUGUUAAUAUGCAGCUGAUAUAGAUUAUGAAGCCAGACUAAGAAAGGACAUAAAAAGAAAUGUCUUUUCACUAUCACCUUAUACGACCCAAUAGAUGGUCACCUGGAUAGAACCGAGGAUGAGUCCCUUCACCGACGGGAUUACCUUUUGUGAUAUAUGGAGACUUCAAUACGUAGGCCAGAUGUUUAAGUACAAGGAAGUUAUCCAAGAGGUUGACAAGUGCUUGUUGUUCAUAAGUCUAAUUUUGUUCAUUCACGACGCCGGAUACAGUCAUUUUCGAUAUAUCAAUUUGCUUUUUUCCUUUGUAGCUCAAUCCUUUAUCCAAAGAGCUCUAAUCGCAACUAGCUGCCAAUAGUGUAAAUAUCUGGAAGGUUUCUGAUCUUCUAGUAUCACUCGUCUGUGUUCUAUCUGUGAUCUAGUACGUUCUGAGUUCAUUGAGUGUCCCAGUAGUCCAAGUAUGGCGAAUUUCAGAGUAGCUCAUGCUAAUCUGCUUCACAUUAAUGUGAUAAAAAUAUAUAGUGUACCUAACGCUGUAGUGUCAGUAUCGCUUUUCCGAGCUAAGAAUUCUUAGUGACCCUGUGUUCGAUCGUCUUUGCUUACACAAGAUGGCAAUACCGAAUAGCGGCUAGAGAUAAUCAUGCUCUCGUUUCCUUUAAUGUCCCAACAAUAGUAUUUUCAUCUUGUUCUUAAAUAUAUCUCCACUUUAUUGUUGAGUCUUUCUUUUGUUUUGUGUGGUGCAUUUCUCGAUGCUUUGUUUUACCAAGUCGUUUUUAAUAUUCAGUAAAUGAAUGUCCUGCUCGUAUACUAUAAGUAUGGUCCAUGAUCUAGUGUAAUAAAACUGUACCUAAUGAGUCACACUAAUUUGUAACGUAUAUUACUAUGUAAUCUUACAAAGUAAUUCCAUAAUUGCCUGAAGUAAUUGGGGAGUUUAUGGUAAAUAUGUUUGAAGCACUUCUACUUAUCAGUCAGUCAUAAUCAACUAAGAAACUGGUACAUGUAUCUAUCGGUUAAACUUGCCACAUCAUACAACUGUGGAAUGAAAUUACCAGAACAAAUAGAAGGGUAGCAAAAGUAGUAACAGUGUCAAUGGUUGUAGUAAAAACUAGAGUUAGGUAAUAAGAUUCGAAACGAAAUAGUGAGUUCGCUGAAUAAAAGUAUGAGUUGAUUCUAAAUUUUACGAUCUAAGGGAAGACAAAGACUGAAUACACAUAUACCAGUGCGGCCCAUUUUAAGUUAUAUCUUUCUUCGUCUCCAAUCGUUGGUUACAAUAAUUGCACGAAUCUCGAUAAGGUAGUCUAAAACUACAACCACGGCACAAUCUAACUACUAGUGACUUCAUUGACUGUUGCCACGUUUCGAUUCUAUCUCCUCUAGCUUUCUUCCAACCUACUCCUACAAUAGCCAAUAUGAAAUGAUUGUAGGUAACGGUCCAAGUUAAAUAACAAAUAUCUGAACCAUAGGUGAUUCGGACAUGUACUACAUAUUUAUGGUAGAUGUAGACUAUUUGGUUGAUGUCCACCUGGUGACCCCCAAUCAGCGACUCGAGACUUUGGAUAAUAUAGCUCAGGACCGUUCACAACAACGCAGAUGCAUUCAUCUCUUAUUUACUUCUCGUUCUUGAAUUACAGUAUCCCUUUAUUCAUACCUUCUCUAUCUUUCUAAGCCGUAUUUUAAAGGUUUGAUUUUUCAUUGUUACAUUGUCUCGAUCUCUUUUUUGGUUUUCAUUUUAUUGUGCUAAUCUGGUACGGCAACUUGGUUUAGCAUAUAUCUUUGCUAGGUUUUAUUUUGAUACUUGUCUGUCCCAACAACCUCAGUUGAGAAAGAUUCACAACCUCAUCAACUGGUGUGUCGUGUUUGCUUAAUAACCUUCGUCUAACCUCAACAUUACUUACUUGGUAGUUCCAACAUACUCAAGCCAUGCCUCAAACGGAUCAUUGAUUAAGUCCCAGUAACCCACGAACAUUCUCUUUUUUUGAAAGUCACGUUUCUCAGACGGAAGGGACGAAACGAACUGCCAGUCCUUUGGCUAGCAGAUAAACACACCGCUUACGUCACAGGUGACCCAGACUGGCGAAGAAACCUAUUGAGCUUUUGAAUUCGAUCCGAAUUUCCACAUACAAUUAGUUUUAAUAACAUUUCUUUAUAUUUUUUCACUCGCAUUCUACGGGUAUAUAUUCAACACUAACUUCCUUAUAGUUUGUAGCGUCAUGAUAAAAUUAAUAAUUACAUAGAAAGGGAAUGAAAUAGUCUCAACAAAAGUGAAUAAUAAGUUUACAGUCUUCUUAGACACACUCACUAUAAGUUUUCUUUUUGAUAGAUAACUAAUGAAUUUUAGGUUUUACAUUCACUGAUUUUUUAACAUUAAAAUUAAGUAAUUAGUUCAGUCAGGUGUUCAAGAAAAGUUUGGUCGCAACAUACACAUAUACAAUUUAUCAUUUAUGCUCAUUAUUCUUUGUCUUUGAACUCUGUAAAUAAAGUUGUGAUUUACAAGAUAAUUUACUAUUUCUACGUCUUGAUUAAGAAAGGUCGUUCUUGGAAUGCACUUUGCACUUCUUAUACUAGUAAUACAUCAAUUGAACAGUUUUAAUAAUUAGAAAAUAUUCAUCACAGUUGUAAUGAGAAUACUAUUUGUAGUAAUCACCAAUGUGUAUGUUGAUCAUUUCAGAGCUUCGGUUUAUUUAGUUAAUAAAUAUUUCUAUUUCAAACUCAUUUUCUGUACUAACUUGAGUAUUUUCCACACUUAUAAUAACACUAAGGUUCUAGCUUUUGGAAUAUUUUAUUGAUAGUAUGAAGUUCUUACGUGAAGAAAAAAAACUAACUUUGUCGUUAUGAGAUUUUUAUUUUAAACUUCAUGGCUUCAUUUUAUUAUAUCAGUUUGUACAUAUUAGCAUUUAUUCAUCAAGCGUAAAUUACAAACUCACAUUCUAAACGGCUUAGUUGUUGAAACCCUAAAAUUGCGUUACGAUUUGGUAAUCCACUCUAUCUACUGUUUGGACAGGUUAGCCGUAUCUAUAACUCUUAAAAAUCAGUCUAUCUAAGCGAUCACUUAGGUCUUUAACCUGUUACUGUGUUGCAUUAUUUUUGUAUUGUUUCUCAUGAUAUAUGGUUUUUGUUCGUAGUACAUUUAUCAUACUUUUACGAAAGCUUACCUACAAAUAAAUUUAGGCAAGUCGUAUGGAGAGUUCUGUCUCUCAUUCUGGAGGUGGCGAACACAAAGUACACUAUCCAUCUGCUAAUCGUAUCCAUGGAACAGAUUACAGGAUGGCACAAUCCAGUGGUUACAAUGCUGUUCCGAAUAAGCAACCUUAUGGACGAGAUGAACAUGAAGACUCACGUCUUAACUCAGGGAAUCUUCGUUCUGUAAAACCAGCUGGUCAUCCACAAGGAAACACACGAGUGAAACCUGAUCUAAAUGACUAUUUUUGAGUAUUUACUGGAUUAAUAUAGUUUUACAUGGUGUUUUUUUGUCACAUUCCGAAAUUUCCGUAUACAGAUAGCGUUGUACAUAUGUCAAACUGCUUUUUUCCGUUUAAAACUAUACCUACUUGCAGUUUGUUGACUCAAAACUGUCAGUUCCCCUUUCGUAUUUGUCUAGUCUUAAGAUAAACUGUAAAGUCUUUCUUCUCCCAUUACUGUGUUUAUCAUUAGUGCAUGUUUUUCUUGUUUUCGCGUAAGAAUUUUUAUAUUAAUUGCUUUUAUACGAAUGGUUCGGUACUUUUGUCUAUUUCUUACGACAUUUGUGUAGCUAUUAUUGUUCAAUGUAUAUUACCAAUUUUCUUUAUAUUGCCAUUUAUUUUGGAGUACAUUGAACCAUAAAUAAUACUUUUCGGUUACUAAUAG